AUGGAACAACCCCCCCAGCAGCAGCAGCAGCAGCAGCUCAUCCGCAUCGCCAACAUCUCGGGGCGGUACCUCGUCUUCGACCCGGAUGCCGUGAGCGCCCUCCGCCGCAGGGCAAACACCAACGGCACCCUGGUGGGCACCACGCCGCAGCAGCCGACGCAGAACAUCUUCCUGGGCCUGCCCAUUGAGCUGCGGCCCGAGGAGGUGGACGCGCUGGUGCGAGCGGGCGUCGCCUACGUCGUGGAUGACGUCGCCGCGCACAAGUCGGCGCUGCUGUCGCUCGGGCCCGACGAGCGGAGGGCGUACAUUGGCUCGCUGCGGUCGCGGAAGCAGGCCGCGCACAAGGUCUUUGCCGAGAUGACGGCCCACAAGGCUUCCAUUGCGGCUACCAAGGCCGACAAGAAGAAGCGUGAUCCGGGGGCAUCUGAAGGCGGUGGCGGCGGCGGCGGCGGCAAACUUGAUGGCAGCAGUGCCUACUCUCGCAAUAGCCAAGUGACUUCGCUGGGCGUCACGCCGACUUCCAGCGUCAACUAUGUCUCCCCAGAUGCUCACGCCCUGCCUGUGGAACACAACCGUGACUCGGAAAGGGGGGCGCUGUGCCAGUUCAUGCUGAGCAACGGGUUCUACAUGACGCCCGGCUUGCGCUUCGGUGCCCGCUACAGCGUCUAUCCCGGUGAUCCCCUGCGUUUCCAUGCGCACUUCAUGGCCAACGAAUACGGCUGGGAGGAAGAGAUACCCAUCCUUGACAUCGUAGGCGGCGGCAGACUGGCAACAGCUGUAAAGAAGGCGUUCCUCAUAGGCGGCCGUGAGCCGUCCGCCACAAAACCUGAUUCGGCCCUCCCUUCUGUAAGAAGCUUCAGCAUAGAGUGGGCCGGCAUGUAG